AUGGUGGGCUCCAUUCCCACCCCUGGUACUCCAGAAGGGAACGAUGGCCCUCAUCGCUCAGCCCAGACGUCGCAAACCCAUGAUGAAAAGGGGCAAGACUCCGAACAGGAGAAGAAUCCAAGUGUUGAUACAGCAGUAGCCCCAGAAUCAAGCCCUGACACCUCGGCCAAAACCCUUGAGGCGCCGGAGCCCGAGCAGAAUGAUGACAAGCAACCAGAUUACUCCAGCAAAUCGCAGAAUAAAGUCUCAUUCUCUCACUAUCUGGUAAUCGAAACAUCUGUCCCCCGGUAUGGCAGCCGUGGGUUAACCUAUUUGACAGAGGAUCUUCACGUAUUCUACGCUCGCCGAUCGGCUCUUUAUAGCAGCAGCUUUCCUGGGGCAAAUUGGGACUGGUGCGACCCUACCGCUGAUGAUCGUUGUGGUCUUACGGGCGAUUUUACUUCCUACUUUGCCCCGGGCUCUACGACCACAAAAGCGGAGUUUAUGAAAGGACUCAAUAAAUCAACGUUGUAUUUUGUGUAUUUGUUUAUCGCUCGAUGGAUACUGAGCUACUAUUCGAUGUUUGCAUUUCGUAUGACCGGCAUUCGAAUGUCGGCAAAGCUUCGUCUGGAGUAUCUAAAGGCGCUGUUCUCCCUUCCCAUCUCGGCCAUCGAUACACUCCCAAGCGGCCAAGCAUCAAAUACCAUAACUACCACGGCCAAUGUUUUACAAAUUGGUAUCUCUGAGAAGCUGGGAAUUAUCGUGCAAUUUACAUCCCUGCUAGUCGCAUCGAUCAUCAUUGCAUUCAUCACCAAUCCGCUCUUGACAGUGGUGACCGCAUCAAUUAUUCCGUUCAUGGGAAUCACUUACGGAGUCCUCGUCCCUAUAAUAAUGGCGAGGACAAAGGAUGUCGAGCAUGCAGACGAAAAGGCGGCCUCAAUUGCCGGAGAGGUACUCGGAUCCAUUCGCAUGAUUAUCGCCUGUGGAGCAGAGGACCGAAUCGCCAAGAGAUACUCGGGAUGGAUAGAGGAGUCACGGAAGAGAGGAAUAAAAUUGGCCCCGUUCUUGGGAAUGCAAUUCGCUCCGAUGUUCUUUGCAAUUUAUGCAACUAUGGCUCUCUGCUUCUGGUUUGGAUUCAAACUCUAUCUUGAACACCGCAUUGCUGAUGUGGGAGAAAUUGUUAUUGUCCUCAUGUCUGUGAUGAUGGCUUCGUUCUCAAUUUCUCAGACAGCUGCACCUAUUAUGGCAGUUGGCAAGGCUAACAGUGCUGCCACCGACUUCUUUGCUGUUAUUGAUGCACCAAAACCGGGCGUGACGGGAAUGAGAGAUCCGGAAGUCUCCGCCAGUAGUGACAUAGCUCUUGACGGCGUGACCUUUGCAUAUCCUAGCCGACCACAUAUAAAGGUGCUGGAUGACCUCAAUAUCCGAUUCGAAUCCGGAAAGAUCACGGCAAUCGUUGGCGCAUCGGGAUCAGGGAAAAGCACAAUCGUGGGCCUGCUUGAGCGCUGGUACGAAUUAGAUAAUGAGAAGAUAUUCAAGUUACCAGAAAGCGCAAUGAAAGACGAUAAGGACAAGGACAAGGACAAGGAUAAGGAGAAUAAGGAGGCAGAACCCGAAGAACCCACGUUAGCACCAAUCUCUCUCGGUGGCAACAUCCUUAUCGGAGGCCAAAACCUAGACGCAGUCGACCUGAAGUGGUGGAGGUCUCAAAUUGGUCUUGUGCAACAGGAACCCUUCAUCUUCAAUGACACGAUCUCCAGGAAUGUGGAAUAUGGCCUCAUCGGCUCCCAAUGGGAAGGAGAAGAUGCGGAAACCAAGAAGAUGCUUGUGGAAGAGGCGUGUAAAGAGGCCUUCGCAGACGAAUUCAUCAACAGGCUCCCUUUGGGAUAUGAUACUCAAGUUGGUGACGCUGGGAUUAAGAUAUCAGGUGGCCAGCGACAAAGGCUUGCCAUUGCCCGUAGUAUCAUCAAGCGACCUAAGAUUCUGAUCCUAGAUGAGGCGACAAGUUCUAUCGAUGUGCGAGGAGAACGACUCGUCCAGCAGGCGUUAGAUCGGGUCUCCGAGGGUCGGACAACUAUAACCAUCGCUCAUCGGCUAUCGACGAUUAAGAAGGCUGAUAAGAUUGUGGUAUUGAAAAAGGGCAAAGUAAUUGAGCAAGGCAACCACGACAGCCUUUUGGAAGACGAAAAUGGAGCCUACUGGGCUUUGGUGAACGCUCAGAAACUAUCCAUGGGCGAAACAUUUGAGGAUGAAUCGGAUCUAACCGAGGAUUCGAAGCCCGGAGAGGUGUUGGAACGGACGAUGACCGCCGGAAGUGCAGCAAGAACCGCAGAAGAGGAGGUGGUUUGGAAAGAUAAGCCCUUCCUAGCAAGCUUUGCAACUCUCAUGGCCGAACAGACAGGCCGUUGGCCUUGGUAUCUCAUCCUGGCGAUUUCAUGCUUAAGUGCUGGGGCCGGAAACCCCAUCCAAGCCUAUUUAUUUGCUCAGUUGAUCAAUGUGGUCACUUACGUGGGCGCCGCACUCCAAGCUGCUACUAAUUACUGGGCUCUCAGGUUCUUUAUUCUUUCACUGGGCGUCUUAGCUGCAUACUUCCUGCUUGGGUACUCUUCAAGCACGAUUUCUACGCACAUCACCUGCACAUAUCGCCAGGAAUAUUUCGAAAGUAUAUUGGCAAAGCCUGUGUCAUUUUUCGACGACGAAGAUAAUUCUAGCGGCACUCUCACAGCUCGCGUUGCCAAUGAUCCAACUCAGCUUCAGCAGCUCCUCGGAAUUAAUAUGGCCAUGGUAUAUAUCGCAAUAUUCGGUCUCGUGGGUUGCGUCAUUAUUGGAUUUGUCUUUGGUUGGAAGUUAACUCUUCUGACUACUCUCGUACCGAUGCCUCUUAUGAUGGCGGGUGCCUUCUUUCGGAUUCGCUACGAGGUUCAGUUCGAGAAACUGAAUCAAGCUGUUUUCGCUGAAAGCUCUAAAUUUGCUGCUGAAGCCAUUGGAGCUUUCCGAACCGUUACUUCGCUGACCCUGGAAGAUAUGAUAUCUGAGCGGUAUGGGACAUUGUUGCAAGACCACGUUAACAAGGCCUUCAUCAAAUCGAGAUACUCGACACUUAUAUUCUCCUUAAGUGACAGCUUUGGUUUGUUAUCCAUGGCCCUGACCUUCUGGUAUGGUGGGAAAUUGUUAGCCGAUCGCGAAUAUGACGCCGUGCAAUUCUUCGUUGUCUACAUUGCUGUCAUUAAUGGCGCCGAGAGCGCUGGUAGCCUACUCAGUUUCGGACCCAAUAUAGCACAGGCAUCUGCCGCCGCGAAUCGGAUAUUGAGCUUCCGAAUACGGCAGAAUAAGGAUGCGAAGGAGCCAUUAGAAAUUCCAGACGCUGAAGGUGGUGUUAAGAUAGAAUUGCGGGACCUGUGGUUUAAAUACCCAACCCGAGACAUUCCAAUCUUCCAUGGGUUGAACUUGACGAUCGAAAAAGGCCAAUUCGCUGCCCUUGUAGGACCUUCAGGCUGCGGCAAGACCAGCAUAGUCUCCCUCCUCGAACGCUUCUACGACGUCCAAAAGGGCAAGAUAAUGUGCAACAACGCCAACAUCGCCGACCUCCCCACCAGCUCAUACCGCAAGUUAAUAUCCCUCGUCGCGCAGGAACCGACCUUGUUCCAGGGCACAAUCAAAGAGAACAUCCUCCUCGGCGUCGACGAGUCAACGCCAACGGCGACCCUGCACCAAGUAUGCCGCGACGCCGAAAUCCACGACUUCAUCAUGUCUCUUCCUGAAGGCUACAACACCGAUGUGGGAACCAAAGGUAUCGCAUUAAGCGGGGGCCAGAAACAACGUAUCGCCAUCGCAAGAGCGCUUAUCCGUGAUCCCAAGAUGCUGCUUCUUGACGAGGCGACGUCGAGCUUGGAUUCCGAGAGUGAGAAGCUUGUCCAGGCUGCGUUUGAGAGGGCCGGCAAGGGACGGACUAUGGUUGUUGUUGCACAUCGACUUGCAACAGUGCAGAAUGCCGACGUUAUUUUUGUGCUGGGUGAGGGCAAGGUGCUUGAACAGGGUGAUCAUCAGAGUCUUUUGAAGCGUAGAGGGGUCUAUUAUCAGAUGUGCCAAUCUCAGGCACUUGAUAGGUAA